AUGGCGUCAGACCCGGAGCGCGAGCAAGCCCUCGCCUCGUUCAAGAAGAAGUUGAUCGAGUCGCGGGAGUGGGAGACCAAGCUCAAGAACCUCCGGCUGGAUAUCAAGGGCCUGCAAAAUGAGUUUGAUCAGACAGAAGACAACAUCAAGGCGUUACAAAGUGUUGGUCAAAUUAUCGGCGAAGUGCUGAAGCAGCUGGACGAGGAGCGAUUCAUUGUAAAGGCUUCCUCUGGGCCACGUUAUGUCGUUGGGUGCCGGUCUAAGGUGGACAGGGCGAAGAUGAAGCAGGGGACACGGGUGGCGCUCGACAUGACGACACUCACCAUCAUGCGCAUGCUCCCUCGCGAGGUCGAUCCCCUCGUCUACAAUAUGUCUCUAGAGGACCCAGGGCAGGUCAGCUUUGCGGGUAUCGGUGGGCUCAACGACCAGAUCCGCGAGCUGAGGGAGGUGAUCGAACUACCGCUCAAGAACCCGGAGCUGUUCCUGCGGGUCGGCAUCAAGCCGCCCAAGGGCGUGCUCCUCUACGGACCCCCCGGCACUGGCAAGACGCUGCUCGCGAGGGCGGUGGCGAGCAGCCUCGAAACCAACUUCUUGAAGGUCGUCUCCUCGGCCAUCGUCGACAAGUACAUCGGCGAGUCCGCGCGCCUGAUCCGCGAAAUGUUCGGCUACGCAAAAGAGCACGAGCCGUGCAUCAUCUUCAUGGACGAGAUCGACGCCAUCGGCGGGCGGCGGUUCAGUGAGGGCACGAGCGCGGAUCGCGAAAUCCAGCGCACGCUCAUGGAGCUGCUCAACCAACUAGACGGCUUCGAUUACCUGGGAAAAACCAAGAUCAUCAUGGCGACCAACCGGCCCGAUACGCUCGACCCGGCGCUGCUCCGCGCCGGUCGUCUUGACCGCAAAAUCGAGAUCCCCCUGCCCAAUGAGGUCGGCAGAUUGGAGAUUCUUAAGAUUCACGCCGCCGGCGUGUCCAAGGACGGCGAAAUCGACUUUGAGAGUGUCGUCAAGAUGAGCGACGGGCUAAACGGUGCGGAUUUGCGGAACGUGGUAACUGAGGCCGGCCUAUUCGCCAUCAAAGAUGACAGAGACGCCAUCAACCAGGACGACUUCAACAAGGCGGUGCGCAAGCUGGUCGAGGCGAAGAAGCUGGAGGGGAAACUGGAAUAUCAGAAGCUGUAA